AUGGGCUUUGCCAAGAAGCACAACAAGAAGGGCUGGAAGAAGAUGCAGGUCAUCAACACCAAGGUCAUGUGUGCACGUGCCAAGGCUAUCACGGGCCUCAAGACCCCAAAGUGGGGCAGCCACAAGCUCAAUCAACUUGCCUGCAUCGCUCGUUCCAAGCUCGGAGAACCUGCUCGUGUCUGCAUUGCCAGGGAUCUCGGGCUCUGCAGCCCAAAGUCCAAGACCAAGGCUCAAACCAAGGCCCAGGCUGCAGCUGUGACUCCAGCUCCGGGCACCCACAAAGGCUCCAGUGCAGAGGCCUCUGUUUUGCCAAGUGUGAGGACGGAAGGACUGAUAGGACCUGUGGGCUUCUGUGUGCACGGGGCUGGUGGCCUCCUGUGCUAUUUGUACAGAUAA